CUCUCUCUAAGCCCACAUUCUCUCUCCUCUUUUAUGUACCGUGCCCUGUUAUACUAUCGUCGUCUGCUUUUAUUCAUUUUCUAGACACGCUUUGCGCUCCCUUUGUAUGGAUGGAAGGAAAGCCUGUGUGGUUGUGGUUUGCUGCAGGGUCAUAUGCGCAUGAGCCCCGCCAAUUCGAUCCAGCGUACAAGGAGCCCAUACUUUCAGCAGGUUCUGCCUAAAUUAUCAGCUAUUUUCUGCUAAAGUUGCAAGCAUUUUUUUUAUUUUGUUUUCUGAGCUAGGAAGAAGCUAGGCUUUUCAAGUUGCUGCAAAAUAGUGGUAAAAAUAUCGUCCUUGCGGCUGGCGUGGAGCCUAUAAUGUGACUGGGGGCUGCAGCAUGGGGAGCACCGGUGAGCCAGAGCGCAAGAGACGCAAUUUAAAUUCCAUAAGCCCUCCCGUUGUAAAGAAGCAGCCACCCGCUCCCUCCUCGGAUGAAAAAAAGGUUGAUGCGGCAGUUCUUCAAUAUCAGAAUCAGAAGCUUUCUCAACAAUUAGAAGCUCAAAAAAGCGAGUUUCAUGCCUUGGAAAGCAAGUUUAAUCAACUUCAAAACAAACAGGCUAAUUAUGAUGACACACUUAUGGUGGUAAACAGAAUUUGGAAUCAGCUGGUGGAUGACCUGGAAUUGCUUGCAAUACGAGCUGGAGGUUGCAUAAAUGGAGUUAAGAUUUUGGACACUUCCGAAACUUUGGAAGGCGAGAUUCUUUUAGCUAAAAAUGGCAAGAGUGCAUCAUGCCCUCCUGAGGCAACCUUUUUGUGUAGGCUUCUGGAAGCAAGUGACUCAGAAAUAAAUGUUACAAAUGCUUCCACAAAUGUGGUAGAAAAUGUGCUUAUGACAAGGCAUGCAUCCACAAUGAACAUGAUGCAAAUUUUAAUAAAAGCAAUUGAUUCUCAUCGUGCUAGAAAUGAGGAACUGUCCCUAAUUCUACGAGGGAGGCUGACCGAAGAUGAGGCCAGCAAACAACUUCAAAGUAAUGAUGACAACUUAAGGGAAGAAAUUAGAAAUUUGCGAGCUGCAAUUGAUGCACUUCACUUGAAGCAUAAGCAUUAUGCAAAUGAGGUUCGGAUUCUGCGUGACAAUCAUGCAAAGGAUCAGUCUGAGAUAAAACGAUUGACAGGUGUGCUGGAUGAGACCAUGGCAGACCUUGAAGAAAGCAAAUGCAAACUUGCAAGCCUGAAAUCGCAGAGGGAUGCAUCGCUUGGAGCAUCUUUCCCAGGUUUACACUUGGGGAAUAAGAAUGAUUCAGGAGAAAGAUCUGGGGAGAAGUCAAGAAAAUUGCGGGAGACAGAAGCAGCAUUGGAAGAAUUCAAGACCUUAGCAACAAAUCGAUUAGCUGAGCUCCAAGAGGUACAUCAUGAGAAGUUGAAGUUAUCACAGCAGAUGGAUAACAUGCAGGAUACUUUAAACAAUGAGAAACUUGUUUUAUCAUCUAGACCUUACCUUUUAUUGAAUGACCAAGCUCAGCGCUUGAAAGCUGAAGUUGAUCGCUAUCAGUCCAUGGUGGAAUCAUUGCAGGCUGAAAGGGAUAAUUUAGUGCGCCGGGAAAAGGAAAUGAACUUGAAGGUUGAAAGCUCUGAUAUGGUAAGGAGGGCAGCUGCUAUUUCUGAAACCAGGGUAGCAGAGCUAGAGGCUGACUUACAAGACUGCAUGAAUGAUAGGAAUUUAUUUGAGAACAGAUUAGAAGAGGCUUUACAAGAGUCAGGAAGGAAAGACAUAAUUAGCGAGUUCAAAGUUAUGAUUUCGACUUUACACAAAGAAAUGGGAAUGAUGCAAGCACAUCUAAAUAAAUUUAAGGAGGCAGCUUGUGAAGUCCAUUCACUGCGAGCAGAGGUUCAUUCCCUUACAAGAAUACUAAAUAGAAAGUCAAUUGAAUGCAAGAAUUUGUCAGAUAAAUGUGCUUCCCAAGCUUCUGAAAUCAAAUCAUUGCAAGAUCUGGUUACAGAAUUAAGGGAGACUGAGCAAGAGUUAAAGUUAAUUCUAGAGAUGUAUGGGCGGGAGUCCACAGAUUCUAGGGAUGUCAUGGAGGCAAGGCAAGCUGAAUGCAAAGCAUGGGCACAAGUACAUAAGCUAAAGUCCGCUCUUGAUGAACAUAGUUUGGAAUUGCGUGUCAAAGCAGCCAAUGAAGCUGAGGCAGUGUGCCAGCAGAGACUGGCUGUUGCUGAAGCGGAAAUUGCUGACUCAAGGCAAAAGCUUGAUGCUGCAGAGAGGGAUAUAUUAGAGCUUACUGAAGCUUUGAAGGCUAAAAAUGAAGAAGGAGAAGCUUAUAUUGCGGAAAUCGAGACUAUUGGACAAGCAUACGAAGAUAUGCAAACUCAAAACCAGCGAUUGCUUCAACAAAUUACAGAGAGAGAUGAUUAUAACAUCAAGCUGGUAUCAGAGAGUGUCAAGGCAAAGCAGGUUCAGAACUCUCUUCUUUUGGAGAAGCAAGAAAUGGCAAAACAAUUGCAGCAGGUGAAUACAUCAGCUGAAAUGUAUAAGCAGAAGAUUAUGCGCCUGGAAGAACAGAUCAGGACAUACUUAGACCAAAUGGGAAAGAUAACUGAAGAUAGCCGGCAGUAUGCACUUACACUAGAAAGCACAAAACGGAACCUAGUUGAUAUAGAGAAAGAGUCACAAUCUCUGAAGUCUUGCGUUGAAGCUGUGCGAAAAGAAUUUGAACAGUGCAGGCAUAGAGUAAGCGAGAUACAAACGGAAUUAAAUAAUGAAAGGUUUGGGAAGAAGAGGGUUGAAGAAGAAUUGUUAGCGUUGAACACUAAAUUUUCACGCCUUAGUGCCCUUAAUGAAGGAGGAGCACUAGAAAAGCUUCAAGAAGAAAUUAAAGAGUACAAAGCAAUUUUAAAAUGCAGUGUUUGCCAUGACAGAUCCAAAGAGGUUGUAAUUACCAAAUGUUUCCACUUGUUUUGUGCUGCUUGUAUACACCGGAACUUGGAGAUUCGCCACCGCAAAUGCCCAUGCUGUGGGGUAGGGUUUGGACAGAAUGAUGUGAAGCCAGUAUACAUAUGAUAAACAUGGUCCAAAUAAUUUGUAUUUCUAACUUAAGGGGAGAAAAAUGUAGAUUAAAGGUUUAAGACCAAAGAUGGGGAUCUACUACCAGAGUUUGCUGGUGAAGACCUACCCAAACACAUACUGGGUAGACCAUCUCCCUUUGAAAAUGUAAAAUUCUAACUGAAGACAUUGAUUCCUUGGUUAAGUGUAGCCUUUCCCCAUUUUUGGAGGGUUUUGUUUCUGAUAGAUAUUUUUUUCAGACAUGCUGGGAGUUCUGGUGUAUAUACCGUCCAUCCUCCCAAGUAAAAUAUCAUUGGCCUUGUAGAUGCAGUUUCUUUCAGGUUUCAGUUCUAGAUUUGCUGGGAUGGAUGGCUUGCUCUGUAUAUUUGUCUGUAGCUGACUGCAUAUUUGUCAAAUCAUUUGAUCAGAUCUUGAAGACAUUGAUCAUGCCAUUGCUUUUAUAGAAUGGUACCUAACACCACAGCAUCAUGUCUUUUGGAUAUGCUCAAACUGAAACUUUCCUGUGGCUUUUUAUUUUUCAGCAAAAUGGUCCUGUGCUUUACCAUAUAGUUGGUGAAGUGAGUCUGCAGUUUGACUUGUAGUUGCAGAGAUCACAAUAUUACCCAGGGAUGCAUUUACAGGGCACGCUUCAGUUGUUGGGAUGUCUUGAAAUCCUAUUUGCAUUUCAGAUUGGUGCUGACUAUCCUCAACCUUCCAUUGCAUACCAUUAUUGUAGAGGCAUGAGAAUCAAUUUGUUCAUAAUUAAUCUUCAUGGCUAUUGUCUUGCAUUC